GGUAGGGAAUACAAAUUAACCGUGCCACAAAACCAUUUAGGUUGUGGCAAAUGUUUAGAGUGGCGUUCAGAAAAUCUUAACAAUUAUUUGUUCCCUCUCUCUACUUGCAGUUCUUUCCUCGUUAUUUCUUAGCUAAAGUAGCAACUCGAAUAUUCAUCAGAAACCUUAUCAUUGGGAAAAGAAUGACAGGCGUAGAGACAAUGGGAAAAAAUGAGAAUCAAAGUGUGGAAAAAAAUGAGAAAAGUGUCAUAGAUGAGGAGCCAAAGAUUAACUACAGAGGAUGGAAAGUCAUGCCCUUUAUCAUUGGGAAUGAAACUUUUGAGAAGCUAGGAACCAUUGGAACCUUAGCCAACCUCUUGGUCUAUCUCACAACCGUCUUCAACUUGAGCAGUCUUACAGCUACAAAUAUUAUUAACAUCUUCACUGGCAGCGCCAGUUUAUCUACCUUGCUUGGGGCUUUUCUUUGUGACACUUAUUUUGGCCGCUACAAGACACUGGGAUUCUGCACAAUUGCUUCUUUUCUGGGGUUGCUUGUUAUACAACUAACAGCAUGGAUUAAGAAAAUGCAUCCACCUCACUGUGGAAGUGAGAGCAUCACAUGCACAGGCCCAACCACAGGGCAAAUGACAUUUCUGCUUGCUGGAUUUGGACUUCUAAUUGUGGGAGCUGCAGGGAUCAGACCUUGUAACUUAGCAUUUGGAGUUGAUCAGUUCAACCCCAACACUGAGUCUGGAAAAAAGGGAAUCAACAGCUUCUUCAAUUGGUACUUCUUUACCUACACAUUUGCUCAAAUGGUGUCUUUGUCACUAAUUGUCUACAUACAGUCAAACGUUAGCUGGGCAAUAGGGUUGGGAAUUCCUGCGGCUUUGAUGCUAAUCUCUUGCACACUCUACUACACGGGAAGCAAUUAUUACGUGAAAGUUAAAGCAACUGGUCCAGCUCCACUAACAAGUUUAGCUCAAGCUGUAGUUGUGGCUAUAAAGAAAAGAAGACUGAAUCUAUCAGAAUAUCCACUGGAUUCUUCGCUCUUUGCCUAUGUUUCUCCCCAGUCUAUUAACUCCAAGCUUCUUCACACGUCUCAGUUCAGGUUCCUAGACAAAGCUGCAAUUAUAACCCCACAAGACGGCAUAAACCCAGACGGGUCUGCAUCAGAUCCUUGGAGUCUUUGCAGCAUGCAACAAGUGGAAGAGCUAAAAUGCUUGCUGAGAGUGAUCCCCAUUUGGUUCGCAGGAAUUUUCUUCUACAUUGCAAUAGUCCAACAGAACACAAUGCUGGUCUUCCAAGCCCUUCAAUCCGACAGACGCAUUCUCAGCACCAACUUCAAGAUCCUAGCAGCCUCCUACACCAUCUUCCAGAUGCUGAGCCUAACCAUAUGGCUACCCAUCUACGACCGAAUCCUCGUGCCGUCGCUCCAAAGGGUCACCAAAAAAGAGGGUGGCAUCACAGUUCUUCAAAGAAUAGGCUUUGGCAUGUUCCUCUCUAUACUAUGCACAAUGGUGUCUGGUGUAGUGGAAGAAAGAAGAAGGACAUUGGCUUUGACCAAUCCUAUUGGAUUAGAGCCAAGAAAAGGUGCCAUUUCUUCAAUGUCAGGUCUAUGGUUGGUUCCUCAGCUAACACUGGCAGGGUUAUCUGAUGCAUUCGCGAUUGUGGGACAAGUUGAGUUUUUCUACAAACAGUUUCCAGAGAACAUGAAAAGCCUUGCAGCGUCUCUAUUUUUCUGUGGCCUCGCGGGAUCAAGUUAUUUGAGUAGUUUGCUGAUUUCUAUUAUCCAUAGGGCGACAGCUAAAUCUUCAACUGGGAAUUGGUUACCUCAGGAUCUCAAUAAGGGGAGAUUGGAUUAUUUUUAUUACAUUAUAACUGCUCUAGAAGUCGUUAAUUUCGGUUACUUUAUAUUGUGUGCCAAGUGGUAUAAAUACAAAGGGACUGGUUCUAGCAGCAGUGGUGACCUUCAACUCGAUCAAGUAUCCAAACCAUCCGAAAGAACUGUUAACACUGUCUAGUGGUUCUCAUUUAAACCUGUGGUUAUAUUAAGUACUUAGCUUUAAGUUUUGUGGUUUAUAAUGAUGUUAUUUUACUGAUCGUCUUUCAUACAGAAUGUCUGUAAUCUUAAACCUAAAAAAAUGGUUGAGCUUACGGUUCAUAAUGUUUCUUUAGAAAGAACAAAUAAGGUAGUCUUUCUUUAUUUUUAGGAUUGGAUUGGGGAAAUAGUUUUAUUGUAAACCUUCUUGUUUUUUUUAGUAUUGAUAGCUUGCCUUUAGUGAAACCAAAAAAAUAUAUGAAUUUAUUGAAAUGUACUUUGAUUUAGACGCUGUAGCAGUAUUGGAAGGAGACAGAUGUUCAAGGAAUGAGAUGCACUCAAAAUAUUUUAUUUA